GGGACGGCGCGUUCAUUCGCGGAUUUCGGCCGACACAAGCAACCAAAGGAACUGCUCGUGCUCUGUUAAAGGAUGCGUUUAAGUUUCUCUGGUUUAUCUGCUUCAUAUUUACAGGUUUGUCGGACUGCUUCCUGCGUGCCCCAACAAAACGAGGGGGCUGAGGGACUGCGGCUAAUAACUCAGCUAGCAUGCUAAUGUGCCCUAUAUUUUCUUUUUAAACUCUCUCUCUGUUCAACCUGCGCUACCUGUCGCUUUUAAACACGAGCCCGCAAAGAUGCGUUUUUGUGAUGCUGCUGCUGUUUGCGUCGCGGACGGUCUUUUAUUACGUUAGCUUACUGUUGGGCAGCUGUUAUAAAGUUUGAAUAACCGCUCCACUAAGCCGUGACUUCAGUAUAAAGCCAGUAUAAGUUGUGUUAUAGUUAGUUCUCUGGUUGUACUCGGUGUCUGUCCGCAGGAGUGAGUGUGUUGAUAGUAUGUUAGCUAGCUAGUUAGCAGGGCUGCUGGCUGUGUUGAGGGCAGUGUGGCCGGGCCUAGCCGCAUUACUGUACUGACAGAAAAGAUGAAAACAAAAGAUUAGCUAGCUCCCCUGCUAGCCUGCUAACCUUUCGCGUUAAUUAUAGCAUAUCGAGCUGUAUGCUACUCUCCAUCUGAUAAUAUAUCAGCGCUUCGGCUGGAGGCAGUGUGCUGGUAGUGUAGUAUUUUUAUCGUGUACCAAAUUUCCUGUUUGGCCUCUCUUGCUGUCUCAACAUUAGCCUGACUUUGUUUUAGCACCUCGCCUGCUAAUAGUAAUUUCUAUCUUUGUUUCUUUCCUGCUUUCUUUUCUUUAUUGACGUGUUAAUGUUGUAGCUUGUUUAUAAAAUACAACUUAGGAAUGUUCAACUUGGCCAUGAACACGUGCAGCCAGGCUUUCAGGGGGUUUCAGUAUUGUUCCUCAUAUUCACUGGGCACAUCACAUGUAAGCAGGUGUUGACACCCAGUCAAACCACAGCAUCUCAGUUUGUGACCUCCCUCAUUACAUAACCCCCACCCCCCCCGCCCCCCAAACUCCAGUCAAGGGGUGCCCUGCCCUGACACUGCAAUGUCAGAGACUCUGAUUACGGGCCAGACGUCUGAAGAUCUGUUGGCCGAUUUUGAGACGCUGCUGAACGCCGGGAGCAUCGACCUGAGCGAGGACCACCAGAUAGUGAUCAUCUCCAGUCCCAGUAAUGUGGGGCUUCCCUCGGCCGUGGCCCCCACCAGCACAGGGGAGAUCCUGCUGUUCGCAACCCCACAGGGGCCUGAUGAUGUGGGGAUCCAGGACAAGAGGCGACCGGCUCUGGGAAGACCUCCGGUGAAGAGGAAGUUGGACUUGGACAGUGACCACCAGUAUGUCAGCACCACCCGGACUCCUUCUCUUGGCGAAGCACCACUCUCCACACCGGCCCCUCCCAGAGUCCCCCGAGGCUCAACAGAAAAGUCCCGCUACGACACGUCCCUGAACCUUACCACCAAGCGCUUCCUGCACCUCCUGUCCCAGUCGCCAGAUGGUGUCGUGGACUUAAACUGGGCCUCGCAGGUCCUUGAUGUCCAAAAGAGACGGAUCUACGACAUCACCAACGUCCUAGAAGGAAUCCAGCUCAUCUCCAAGAAGUCCAAGAACAACAUCCAAUGGCUUGGUAAUCGAAUCGACGGGGCAUCGCUCGCUCGACAUAAGGAAUUGCAGAAGGAAGUGUGUGACCUGACGGAGGCCGAGGAGCAGCUGGACGAGCUCAUUUCCAAAUGUAACCUCCAACUCAGGCUGCUCACAGAGGACCCCCAGAACAAGAAGUUGGGCUAUGUGCGCUGCCAGGACCUGAGGAAGUCGUUUGACUCCCCAGACCAGCUGGUGAUGGUGAUCAGAGCCCCGCCAGAGACCCAGAUGCAGGUCUCUGAACCUACAGAGAGUUACCAGGUGUCGCUGAAGAGCACGCGGGGUCCCAUUGAUGUCUUCCUCUGCCCCGAGGAUAACUCUGGCGUGUGCAGCCCCGUAACAGGAAGUAGUCCUGCUAAACCCAAUGCUGACCCCACCCUUGCUCCACCAGCCCCACAGCCCACCGACCAAUCACAUCCCAGAACCUCCACGGCCACAUCAGAAGUAAGGUUAUCGUCACCAGCAUCCACAUCGUCCACAGUAACAGCAGCCUCCCAGCAGGACCCAGCCUCUCUGGCGCUAGGCAGCGAGACAGAAUCGUUUUUAGGAGGUGAUCCUUUCUCCGGCCUCGGAGAGAUUCCUGACUUCAACCUGUCACCCCUUUCCACCUCUGACUUCCUGAACUUAGAAUCCCUCCCCCUCCCGUUGGAUGGUUUCAUCAACUUGUCCCCGCCCCACAGUCACGACUACCACUUUGGACUUGAGGACCACGAGGGCAUCAGCGAACUGUUUGACUGUGACUUUGGCGACCUGUCGAAGGUGUUGGAGGACAGUUAGGUGAAGAGGAAGAAAGGAUGGUGUUGGUGAAUCCUUUUGCCUUGCAUCCUCGAGGGCUGAAGUUGGGGAAAUUUCUCCUUUCCUCUGGUUCUUCUGAAGUAGAGCUGGAAAUUUGUAUUUACAAAACCAGACUUGGUCAUGGACCCCAACUUUAUGUUUCAAAUUGUGGGGUGUGGGAAAAUGUUUUAAGGACUAAUAAUAAUUUCCCCCAAUUUUCCCCAAUUCCAGUCUUAAAUUGUACAGCACAAUACUAGCACUUCUCUUUGGCCAUUUAAAUCGUUUUAGAGUUCAGCUUUAGUAUAGCUAUUUAAUUUAUUUAUAAGAAUGUUUUUUGAUAUUUUGUACCAAGCAAGAUUUUGUUUUGUCCAAGUGGGUAAUGCAGGUUAGUGUCUGUGAGUGGGGUGUGGACUUAGAUUCAUAGGACUGGUUUCUUUAACACAGAUCAGCCUUAGUUGUCAACUCUUUGGGCUGGUUUCAUCGAUCAGAUUAAACUAUUUUCUCCAUAGAGGAAAAGUAUGAAACCAGCGCUUUAGGGUUGAAGAGAUUCAGGGAUGGGCUUCCCAAAAGCAUCUUGGAGCUAUGGUGCACUUUCAAACCUAUUUUUCCCCCUCUCCCUACAAUGAUAGAAACGACCAGAUCAGUGAUUGGGAUCACCAAAACUGAAAUUAUUCCACCGUCAGUACUUGUUUGUCCAAAAACCUGGGGAAAAGUUUGGGAACUUUUUUAUUCCUGGAGUACAGUAAAGUUAGGGAGGUAUGUGCUAGAGUAUGUAUGUGUAACCUUAAGCUUCUCUGUAAUUGAUAUCCAUGAAAUUUAAUGUAUCGCGCAAUACAAUGACUUGCAAAUCCUUUUCAACCUAUAUUCAAUUGAAUACACUUCAAAGAUAAGAUAUUUAAUGUUCAAACUGAUAAACUUUAUUGGUUUUUUUGGGGGGCAAAUAUUCACUCAUUUUGAAUUUGAUGCCUGCAACACGUUCCAAAAAAGCUGGGACAGGGGCAACAAAGGACAGGGAAAGUUGAGGAAUGCUCAAAAAACACCUGUUUGGAACAUUCCACAGGUGAAUUAGAAACAGGUGAGUGUCAUGAUUGGGUAUAAAAGGACCAUCCCCAAAAGGCUCAGUGGUUCACAAGCAAGGAUGGGGCGAGGGUCACCCACCACUUUGUGAACAACUGCAUGAGCAAAUAGUCCAACAGUUUAAGAACCAUGUUUCUCAACGUACAAUUGCAAGGAAUUUAGGGAUUUCAUCAUCUGCAGUCCAUAAUAUAAUCAAAAGAUUCAGAGAACGCAGAGAACUCUCUGCAUGUAAGCGGCAAGGCCGAAAACCAACAUUGAAUGCCUGUGACCUUCGAUCCCUAAAGCUCCGCUGAGAUCUACUGAUGCAAAGUGGAAAAGUGUGCUGUGGAAAAGGACCAUCCAGAUUGUUGUCAGCGCAAAGUUCAAAAGCCAGCAUCUGUGAUGGUAUGAGGGUGUGUUAGUGCCCAUGGCAUGGGUAACUUGCACAUCUGUCAAGGCACCAUUAAUGCCGAAAGGUACAUACAGGUUUUGGAGCAACAUAUGCUGCCAUCGAAGCGACAUCUUUUUCAGGGACGUCCCUGAUUAUUUCAGCAAGACAAUGCCAAGUCCCAUUCUGCACGUGUUACAACAGCAUGGCUUUGUAGAAAAAGAGUGUGGGUACUAGACUGGCCUGCCUGCAGUCCAGACCUGUCUCCCAUUGAAAAUGUGUGGUGCAUUAUGAAGCACAAAAUAUGACAACGGAGACCCCGGACUGUUGAGCAACUGAAGUCGUACAUCAAGCAAGAAUGGGGAAAUUCCACCUGCAAAGCUUCAACCAUUAGCGUCCUCAGUUCCCAAAUGCUUAUUGGGUGUUGUUAAAAGGAAAGGUGAUGUAACAGCGGUGAACAUGCCCCUGUCCCAGCUUUUGGGAACAAGUUGCGGGCAUCAAAUUCAAAAUGAGUGAAUAUUUGCAAAACAAAGUUUAUCAGUUUAAACAUCAAAUAUCUUGUCUUUGAAGUGUAUUCAAUUGAAUAUAGGUUGAAAAGGAUUUACAAAUCAUUGUAUUCUGUUUUCAUUUACGUUUUACACAACGUCCCAACUUCAUUGGAAUGGGGGUUUGUAUAUAAUAUCAAAGUAAAACAGGGAAGCUUGGGUCUUAAUGCUGAAAGUACUAUUAUCCCAAGAAAGGAGACUGGGCGUUGUUUUUGUUCAGUCAUUGUCACCAAAUCCAUCACUCUAUCCAGUAUAUUCAACCAAGAUUAAGAGGAGUUAAAUUGGUAACAAAAAUGAAAUGCCAGAUCUUAACGUUUUGUUGCUGUCUGAUAAUAAUUGGUGAAAAAUGAGCUGCAUUGACUUUACAGCAUCAAUACAAAUGACCUCUGGAAUCAGAAAUAUUUGCUGGCAAAGUCAACACGAGGUAACAGCCAAGAUGCUUUUGGAUGACUGGACUUUGAUGUCUACUCACCUAAACUAUUAUUCAGUGGGAAGCCGUGAUAUGUUGAAUAUGGGUUCUUUUUCUUUACAAUACACUUGCACAAUAUGACACAAAGAAAAAAAUCUGCCAUUGUGCUUUAGGUGCUCAGAGAAGGCUUCUUUGCUUUGGGUAAGCAAUGCACAAGCCAUUUUAGGGAACCGCAAGGACAGAUUUGGAAACUUUCAUCGUGUGGCAAGCGUGUGGUGUUGAAAGAGACAUUUCACAUUUCAAAGGUCAAGGUGUCCUUUUAUUGGUGUUGAGGAAACCAGGGAUCCGUAGAAGGCUGGAGUUAGACCAGCGUGUAAAAACAGAAACUGAAUUUGUUUGUUAGUUUAGCUAGGCGUUUAGCCAUAGUCUCAGGUGUACGGAGCAGAGCGAAGUCUUGAAUCAAUGUUGUUCAUGCAGACGUACUUUGACAGGUGUGAGUGUAACCGCCAUAGAUGCGUUUUGUGGUGUCAUGCGUGUGGGUUGACGGUAGAUUUUUGCAGGUUCAGAAAACACUUGAGGACAGUGAUUUUUUCAGCCAUUUCAGCCAGGGGACCAAGUGAGUGGUAUGACAGACAAAGGCUCCUGAAACCUAUAAGACUGUUCUUGUCAUGGAUGAACAUGAAGGCAAUCCCUCAACAGGUUUUUGGGCCUUGACCCAUAGUUUCAGAAGGAUAAGUCACCCUAAUAUAUGAGAUACCCUUCGUUGCUCACACUCUUAAGGUAUUUACUGGUGCUUUUGUACCAUGAUUGGUAAAUAAUCGCACAGCCACAUCAUUGUUUUUACCAGUGUAGUACAGAGCAGUGAUGCUUCAGGAACGAUCAAGCGGGGGUCACGGACCCUUGAAGUUUCCGCAGCUGGGAUAUCCUGUUAUUGUUCAUUGUGUGCACUUGAAAUCAGUGCCGAAAGUUAAUGUUCAUGCCUUAAAUCAAUGACUUCUACUAGCUGAAUCUUUUUUUACCUUGAAUAUCUUAUCUUGGCCCUGGAUGAUCAAUUCCUUGUUUCAUUUUCUCAUUUUCUGUGCAGUGGUCACACCAGAGAUGCUUGUCACGUCACCACAUGUUUUUAUUGUUUUUUUUUUGUUUUUGUUUUUUUAAAGUAAACUACAUUUAGUUGUCAAUUAAAAUAAGCAGCAAUAACGUUUGUUUUUUUCAUCAUGAAUUUAGCUUGAGAUAACAAAAAAAAAAAAACGGUCUUGCAACGUACCGCCUCAUCCCCUUUGAGCAGUUUGAAAUGUCUGCAUUGUAAUUUUUUUCCUUCUUGUCGUCCUAAGUUAAUGUAAGCUAACUUGUUUUUGAAUCCCCCAGGUAUUGGGUUUUAUUGUGUGAGUGAGUGUGUGUGUGUGUGAGAAAAACAGGUUGUAUUGUUUGAACUUAAUAUUUAUUUAAAAGGGUGUAGAAAAAAAGGUACACGAUGAUUUUUUCAGCCAUAUCCUGGCAGGGAGGGAAUAUAUAAAAAUGGCCCAUUCCUAUACUAGUCAUAGGUCCAAAUAAAUCAUGCAAUGAUAAAUGUGUGAUGUCAUGUGGUGUAAGGUUAACCAGAAGUAUUUCUUUUGUCUCCCUCAUCUGUAAUUUGUAGAGUUUUUAAUUUUUCUUUGCUCUUUUGUACAUUAUGGAAAAUGUAUCUCCCUCUUUUAUUAUUGACCAUCAUACAUGUGCAACCUUUGAAAAGGGUGAUUUUGCCAACAAGAUGAGAUAAUAUAUUCCAUUUUUGGUUUUAAUGCACUUUUUUGCAAAACUGAAUUUCCUCAAAUUGUGUUUUGUCUCGGUCUUGUGUGUGAUCUCAGUUCUGCCCAGUUGAUUUGCUGAAGCUCAUCCGUGUUACGGGCAACAUCGCUCAUGGAAGGUUGCACAUGUAAGGUGGUGAAGCCUUGCAGUGCCGCAGCCUGCCGCUGCUGAUGUGAAAGCCUUGUAGCUUCAUAUUUUUGUUUCAUACUUAAAUCAAGUUUGCAUAAUCUUGUAUGCUCAAGACACUGGUCAAUGGGAAAACUCAAAGCAAAAGAUGUAAUUUCGAAAACACGAAGAGAUACAAGGCUUUCAGCUGACAGCAGUGACAGGCGAAGGGAUGGGACGAUAUAGGAUUUUAUCUCUAGGAUUAGAUCAUGAUUACAGAAAAACAAAGUUGAUCACUGGAUUUCCAUUAUCGGAAUAAUUGUGAAUAUCCUUACGUGAGUGAUUUGAAAAAGCUGUCUGUAGUGUUGGCAAGAAUCUGAGACUGUCUUUGUUUGUUUUUCACUAGAGAGGAUGUUCACUAAAAAAGUUUUAUGUAUGUUUUAGUGCCAUUUUAAGAGUUUUAAGCAUAUUUCGAUGAUUAUCGGGAUAAUAUUACAAAUCACAACUUUGGCCAGGAUAAUUGUGACAUGAAAUUUUAAUAUCGUCCCAUGCCUAGUUAGGUGGCACAUGAAUGUUAGGCUUAGUUUAUAACUCAUAUAACCCUGAUAAUGCAUUGCAGAUUCUAUUUUUCUUGUCUGUCUUGGCCUUUGGUUUGACUUUUUCGAUGGCAGCUGAAUUAACUGACAUUGCUUCGCUGAAUAUGAGAUGUUCAUAAUAUUUUGUCACGAUCAUGAAUUGUCACGACUGUUUUUGUUUUCUGCCGGCCAAAUGCAGUGCCUUAUUGAGCAGGAGAAACGUUUGUAUUGAUAUUCAAAUCAGGAUUUUUGUUCACGGCGAGUGUGUGUGAAGUGUUCCAGGGUGUUUGGUGUGGCUUUUUGAGGUGUUCAGUUUGAAAAGGUUUGUUUAACUCAGAGCAGUUGACCUAGUUGCUCUAAUGUGUGUUUUUGACAGACUCCAAAAUGAUAUUCACAGCAUGGUUGGAAUCAAAUCACUUUCAGUUAAUACGACUGCAACAGAUACCGCCGUUUGAAAAUUGGCACCUUCAUCCAUACUGAAUUGUAACUGAACAGAUAAUGAAACAUUGCUUGAGUUUAAAAAUCUGUUCAGUUUUUUUUACCCAGCUCUCUGUUUUUCAGUAGCAUUGUAGAUGCUUAUGGCAUAAAAUCCUUCUUUUGGCACAGAAGACGCCUACAAGGCCAGUCUGUUGACAAAUGCCAGCAAAUUAUUGUCUGCUUGUCCUGUGAUUAUCCCAACUGGAAAGUGAAUUGACACCAACCCUGUUUUGGAUGCUCUUCAAAGUGCUUUUAAGGGAAACUAGGGCUUAUCCAGCAACUUAACAAUCAAUCGCAUAACCUUAAAAUGCUUUCCUUUUCUUCAAAAUUAUUACACACUUUAUUUUUGUCGCUGCAUACUGGGUAAAUGUGCAGAGUUUGUAUUUGUGGAAUUAUUAAUGGACCCCAGUAUGCCCUUUUGUAUCAACUUUUCCUUUGACAGAAAUAAAAAAAGUAACUAUUUUGAUUUGA